AUGAAAGUUUUUGAGUUGGUAGGAGGCCUGAUCUUCUUCGCUGCCAUGUUUGCAGUCUGUUCUGGACAAAGCUCAAUGACUGUACUAUGUUCCAUGGACUGGUUCAUGGUCACAGUCCACCCGUUCAUGUUGAACAACGAUGUAUACGUCCACUUUUAUGAGCUCCACUUGGGUCUAGGUUGUCCUCCUAAUCAUGUUCAGUCCCAUUUCUACCAGUUCACCUACCGGGUUACUGAAUGUGGCAUUAGAGCCAAGGCCGUCUCGGAAGACAUAGUUAUCUACAGCACUGAGAUACACUAUGCUUCUAAGGGCACAUCAUCUCGAUAUGUGAUCCCAGUGUCCUGCGCUGCCCCCAGGCGCUCCCCUUGGCUCACUAAGCCCUAUUCCAUGAGAGUAGCCAAAGAAAGUUCUGCAGUAGCUCAGAAAGGUAAACCAUGCUGUGAGAUGUUAAACUCGUCCAACCAAAGGCCUGUCUGCGAUUGUCCACCUUAUGUCUUCAAUGAAGACCGUACCCAGAAUGCACCUCAGCAAGCAGAGGCCCAGGGGGCCCGUCCGAUGCCGUCACCUCAACUUCCUGCCAUUUCUUCUGAGGACUGGUGUCUUCGCUCCGACGAUCUCAUGGGGCCCAUGUGA